AUGGCAUCAAUAUCCACAUAUCUCUUAACCGUGACCCCCAAAACCCAUUCUUUAACCCUCUCCCAUAAAGCACUCAAACCCCCUAAACUCCACUAUUUGCCACCCCUUUUUCUCCCCUCAAGUGUAAAAUACCAGUGCCGUCGUAGACGUAAUUCAGUUGUUUUGAUUAGGGCUAGUAGCAGUAGUGGUAUUGAUGUUACUACGUCAGCAAUUAAGCCCGGAGGCAUCGUCGAGAGUGAUAAAUUGCCAUCGGAGAUGCGGAAGCGGGCCAUGGAUGCCAUUGAUUCGUUUGGAGGGAGGGUUACAAUUGGUGACGUGGCAAGCAAGGCCGGGCUCAAGUUGAAUGAAGCUCAGAAGGCCCUGCAAGCUCUCGCUGCCGACACUAAUGGGUUCUUAGAGGUUUCGGAUGAAGGUGAUGUAUUGUAUGUUUUUCCUAAGGAUUAUCGAUCAAAGCUCGCAGCGAAGUCUUUUAAGAUAAAAAUUGAACCUUUGUUUGAGAAGGCCAAGAUGGCUACUGAGUAUGUAGUGAGGGUCUCCUUCGGGACAGCACUUAUUGCUUCUAUUGUACUUGUUUAUACCACGAUAAUUGCUAUUCUCUCGAGUAGUCGUGAAGAGGACAAUCGUGGAAGGCGAGGAAGAUCUUAUGAUACAGGCUUCAUGUUUUACUUGAGUCCAACUGAUUUGUUCUGGUAUUGGGAUCCGUAUUAUUACAGGAGGCGACGAGUAAGAGAAGAUGGUGGUGGGAUGAACUUCAUUGAGUCUGUCUUCUCCUUUGUAUUUGGGGAUGGUGAUCCAAAUCAAGGUAUCGAAGAAGAGAGGUGGAAGUUGAUUGGACAAUAUAUAGCAUCAAAUGGUGGUGUUGUCACAGCUGAAGAACUUGCGCCAUAUCUUGACGUAGGGACUGCUGAAAACACGGAUGAUGACUCGUAUAUAUUACCUGUACUUCUAAGAUUUGAUGGUCAGCCAGAUAUAGACGACGAGGGGAAUAUUUUGUACUGUUUUCCAUCACUACAACGCACUGCUGCUCCACAGAGGAGUAGACAGAAGGAAUAUGUUGGAAGAAGAUGGGCUGAUUGGGUGGGAGGAGUUGAAAAGUUUUUUGAGGAAAAGAAAUGGCAAUUCAGCAAAACUAGUGCUUCAGAGAGGGCAAUGGUGAUUGGUCUGGGCGGGCUUAAUCUAUUUGGUGUUAUAAUUCUCAGUACCAUGUUGAAGAACAUGACAACAAGUCCAAGUGGGUUCAUAUCAUUUGUGUCCGACGUAUUUCCCUUACUUCAGAUCUAUGCUGGCUCUUUCUUUGCAAUUCCUUUGUUUCGAUGGUUUUUUGUUCAAAAGACAAAUGCAGAUAUCGAUAAAAGAAAUCAAGCCAGGGCAAAACGUUCGCGUGCACUUGAAUCACCGGAUCUCUCUUUGAGGCGAAAGCUUUUGAGCGCUCGAGACAUGGCUCAAAGAACAUUCAUCGGUCAGGAUCGAAUUGUUUACAGUACCGAUAAGGAUCUAUACGAGCAAGAUUACGAGGCCCGAGAAUGGGAUCGGAGAUUCAAAGAGAUUGAAAAGUCUGACUAA